GGCGUCUUAAAUCGCUUCAGAGGAAUUUUAAAUUCAUUCAUCUCCAAAUUUCUCCCCAAUUCGGAGGAUUAAAUCUGUCAAAGAUAUGGCUUUGGGAGGAACUGGUCCGCAGAGAGGCACCGCCGCAGCAGCUGCGGCCAACAUGAGGCGAAGGAGGACAGGCGGCGGUGGGGCAGCAGCUGCCGGAGGAGCCGGCGGUACGAUGUUGCAAUUUUACACGGAUGAUGCACCGGGACUCAAGAUUUCCCCCAAUGUGGUGCUUGUAAUGAGCAUUGGUUUCAUUGCUUUUGUUGCGAUUCUUCAUGUCAUGGGUAAGCUCUACUUCGUCCGCAGAGAGGCUUAGUUAUCAAAAUGAUACAUAUAUUGCUAGUGCUGGUAGAGGCAGUUUUUGGUGCUUGUAAGGUUUUUAGAAUGUAUAAGCUGAGGACAUCUCUCAUUCUUAGUACUCCAAAUUUUAUUGAAAUUUCUAUGUAGCUGUUGAAUGGCAAAGGUUGUUUACUUGUGAAUCUCUUUGUUGAAGAGAGUAACGAGAAAUCCAGGAGGGAAGCCAUGUUGUUAACUCAAUUUGUUCGGUUAUCGCUACUAAUGUGGAUGAUCUUUUUCUUUUUAAGCUUCAGAGUUCUUUCUUGUUUGCUUUGCCUUUUGUUACCAAAUGGUUUCCAAAAUGAUUAUCUUGUUAGGAUUUGUACUUUUAGUAUAAUUUGUGUUAGAAAUGAAAAGCUAAACUGGAUAAUCAUCCCGCCACUAUCUUUUUGAGCACCCUCAUUCAUAUGAGCGGAAAUGCAAAAAAGUAAUCUUUUA